UGCAUCGUUUUAUAUAGAAUUGUAUAUUUUUUAAUGCAAUUACAUCAGAAGUAACUGUCAUUAAAUGACAGAAAAAUAAGAGUAGUCCCUUGCUUUUUCAAGGGAAUUAAAUUACCAAAAUUAAUAACACCUAACACCGAUAGGGACAAAAUGAAAUAAAAGCAAAAAAAAUGAUAAUUGAAAUUGUAUAUAUCUUGACUAUGGUGGUAAAAACACAAAUAACUGUAAAGCAAAAUGUCACAAUUUUUAAGAAAUAUUUUGAGGUGUGGGAUCGACAUCUGUUUUUUGUCAAGGCAUUAAAUCUCAUUCUCUCAUUAGGAAAGGUUCAAAUAUUGCACCAUGGCAUCUUUAGUCAAGCUGGUGUGUUCAAACAUGUGUGGGGGAGGCAUUCUCAGAAAUGAAAACAUGAGGCUAAUGAUACUUGAUAUGUUGUUUUUAACUGUGAACGUGUUAACCUCUCUGCAUUACAUCUUCUGUUUAAGCAGACUCUGUAUUACAGGAGCGAUGCUGCUGUUGUGGAUAGCAUUAUCUCUCACCUGGCCUGGCACAAUUGGCUUUACGAUCCAUAGCAUGAAGAAAGGUCUGUGUCUGGAGGACUCGUCUGAAGGAGCUGUUGAGUUAAAGACAUGCCGUCUGGACUCGGUCCUGCAGCAGUGGAAGUGGACAGAUCACUGGCUCCUAGUAAACACAGGAACCCUGAGGUGUCUCUCCACCACCCACACUGACCCAGUCCAGACUAUCACUUGUGAUUCUAGUCAACAUAUCAAAUGGCAGUGCAAAGCUCAACAGCUCAUCAGCCUGCAAAACUCUCUGACAUUGAGCACAGAGAAAGGAAAACUCAGGCUGAACACGGGUGAACCCGACACAUGGAAAUCUCUGGACACGGGCGACAUCUGCCAGAAUAAAGCGAGGUCCAGAAGAGAAAGCGAUUUAGAGGCCGAUGAGUUUGACUUUGCUGAAGGGCCGCCUGCACCGAGAAUGACAGAGGCACAGAUGAAGUUUUUACAGUGGUAUUACCGCACAGAGGACCCAACAACGUGGAAGUUUGGGAUGCUGGCAUUUGCUUUUCUGGGUCUACUGAUUGGUGCUAUGCUGAUGGUCAUGGGCAUGAUGGCUAAUAGGAACAGGAAGCAAAUAGCCAAAUACAAAGCAGCCUCUAAAGUCGCAGCGGUGAAAGCUGAAACUGAAGAGUUGCAGGUCAUGGUCACUGAUAAGGUCACAGAGGUCAAGGAGGAGAAAACCCAUUUCAUCCCAUCCGAAAACAACAGCCAUAUGAAUCGGGAAGAGCCUUCAUUCGACAGCAAAGCCUCAGAGGAACUGAAGCCCGGAGAAAAUGUGGAGACCUGGAAGGACGGGAAUGUGUCUACUUUGUGUCCCGAACCUGCAGAGGAAGGACAAGGGGAAGAGGACGUCCACAACACAGAUGUGGAGACUCUGUCCCAAAACUCCCCCCGAGCAAUAGUUUCAUCUGAGACAAUUGCAUUUUAACUUAAUCCUACUGUUUGUGUUGA